GUUCUUUUGAACUGAGAAGAGAAACAACCGCAAAAGCAGAGGCUCGCCCGUGCUUUGAUUUUCUCUCUCUAAAUUCUCCAUUUUCCGGCCAAUUUCUCAUUUUUCUUAUCUAAGCUCUCUUCGCAUCACAAUUAUAAUCUAAAAUACAUUCUAAUUUCCAUUUAUAGAUAACUAUUCGUUUGAUUUUUCCGAUUUUUACCCUUCGUAUUUUAACAGACAAAUACAGUCACCUUUCGUUUAACUGAGAAGUAGACGAAUCUCCAGAUUGCGCCAUUGCAUCCGAAGCACCUCCACAAAGCUCUAGCGUGUCAUCCCAGAUAUCAAAAUGGAUAAAAAUGAUGUAGAGAUAGAGGAUACUGAAGAGCAUCCUCAAGAUUCAACUAAUAAAGCACCAGAGUCAGAAAAUAAACUUUGUUCUGCUAUGUUUGAAUUCGGAGGAGAAGAAUUGCCGCUGGCUGCUGCUGCAGGCUUUACCAAUGCCAGCAAGAGUGGGAGAGAUGGCCAAACUAGUUAUAGAAUCUACACAGAUGAUGAGAGCCUUGCUCAGAGUAAGAUGAAAGAACAAAUCAACUCUAAGAGCAAUUCACAAGAGUCAGUCAACAGUAAGGGUGAGGUCAGGGACCAAAUCAACAGAGAAAGUAAGACUGAGGAUCAAAUCAAAAUCAAAAGCGAUGUGGAGGACGAAACCAAUGCUAUAAAUUUAGUGGAGGAACCAACUGAUUCUACAUAUCAAAUGGAUGAACAGAGUAUUACUGGCGGUGGGGUGCAAACAGAAAAACCCAUCGCGCUCGGCAUACAGGGUAGGCAUCCUGUUGAAAAUGUGAUGGAGAAAAAACCUACUGAAAAUGUUUCAGAGGAAAAAAAUCCCAAUGAAAUUGGCAGGGAGGACACAAAUCCUGUCAAAAAAAUUUAUCGAGAAGAAAAGCCUAUGGAAAAUGCUGACAUCAGACAAAGUCUUAUUGGAAGUGGGCAACUUCCAACGGAAGUGUCUAAAAAUGAAGCUUUUCAAACUAGGAGCUGUGAGCCUGAUGAGGUUCCACAGUAUAAGGAUGAAGAAAUGGUAGAUGUGAUUAAUAAUACCGAGGAUAAAACUGUUAAAAAUGAGAUGAAAGAAGGGGGUACUGAAGUUGUUCCAGUUACAGCAUCAACUGAUGAGAAUGCCAGGUCUGGUGAAACCGUAUCUGACCGUGAAGUUGAUAAUGCUUCGCUUCCAAAUCAUCAAGAAGCUGCUACGCCCAAUUCUGUCUUCAGAUAUUCAACUCUAACGGCUGGAGAUUCUGGUGGGAAAGCAUUCAAGACAGUUUUUAGUCAUGCAAAGAUUGCAGAGGGUGAUGAUGGAACGCCAGAGGAUCAAGCUGCCUUCUUGAAAGAACUUGAAUUUUUUCAUAGGGAGAACAAAACAGAUUUUAAGCCACCUAAAUUUUAUGGGCACCCACUAAAUUGCCUGAAGUUAUGGAGAGCUGUGAUUAGAUUGGGAGGCUAUGAUAGGGUGACAGGGUCAAAGUUGUGGAGGCAAGUGGGAGAGUCGUUUCAUCCUCCAAAGACAUGCACAACUGUUUCUUGGACAUUCCGCGUUUUCUAUGAGAAGGCUCUUCUGGAGUAUGAAAGACAUAAGAGACAAAGUGGCGAGCUCGAACUCUCAGUUCCUGCCCUCCCUGAAGCUUCUGUUAUUGACAAUGAGGGAAUCGGCUACGAUGGAUCAAGUUCAGGACCAGGUAGUGGUAGAAGAGAUGCUGCUGCUCGUGCCAUGCAAGGUUGGCAUGUACAACGUCUUUAUGAUUCUGGUGAGGUUGGGGAGCCAAUUGUAAAGGACAAUUAUCUGAACAAUAUGGCAAAGCGUGAGAAAAACCUCAAAAGUAUUGGCUCACUUAAACAGAAGAGACCAAACGAAGUGGAGCAUCCAGUGAAAGCAGCACGUAUGGAAGCAUUUAAGCAGGUGGUUACAUCGGUUGUUGAUGUUGGUGCCCCAGCUGAUUGGGUAAAGAUCAACAUACGCCAAACUAAAGAUUGUUUUGAGGUUUAUGCACUAGUCCCUGGGCUUUCGCGUGAAGAGGUGCGAGUUCAAUCCGAUCCUGCUGGACGUUUAGUGAUAACUGGUGAGCCCGAGCAACCAGAGAACCCCUGGGGCACUACAGCAUUCAAAAAGGUGGUUAGCUUACCUGCCAGAAUUAAUCCACAUAUGACUUCUGCUGUGGUUAGCAUGCAUGGACGUCUCUUCAUUCGAGUCCCCUUUGAGCAGUCGCGUGCAUAAUUUCAAGGAAGAUUUAUUAACAUUUUGCAAAGGAGCAACGAGGUGAAUCAUCGUUAGCAACAAACUUCAGCCGAAGUUUAUAACUUUUUGAAUGUUUAGUCGUCUAAGCAUAUUAGUUUUUAGGCCUUAAGAAGUUGAAAAUAUUAGUGAAACUUUGUUCACUGUGGAGGCUGUUUGGCUGUGGCCGUCCUGAUGACUUAGGUUUCUACUCAAUGUAAGACAAUUACAUGAUUGUCUUAUUUAACUGAGACUCUUAUUUUCAUUCCUCUACUUGAGUUUC